AUGGAGGCACUUUCGAUUUCUAAUGUUCACCACUGGCUAGUAUCCUGGCCGUUUAACCAGUCCUCGGCCGUGAUCAUUCUGACCAUUUGUGGCCUAUUCCUGACACCCCUCCUAAUUUCAAGGAGCUCUCGAAGAAACAUAAAUAAAGUUUCGGAAGAAGAACCAAUUAUUCAAAAUAAUUCCAAAAGUGUUGUUGUAAGAAAUAAACAAUAUCGAGCUGUUCACAUUCCCCACGAACUUGGAUCGAACGUUCCUUUGAUGGUGUUCAUUCACGGGUUUGGUGGACAGGCUGCACAAUGGGAACAUCAACUGGAAUACUUUUCCUCCGCUGCCAACGUAUUGGCUGUAGAUUUACUCGGUUGUGGAAAAAGUGAAGUGUCAAACAGGCCAGAUGAUUAUAAGACCGAAUCUCUGGUAGACGACCUCGAAGAGUUAUUGAAAUCAUUUCCAAGUGAAAAUAAGGUUUUGAUUUGCCAUUCAUAUGGCUGUUGUCUAGGCGCAUUUUUGUACCAGCGAAUCAAAAAUACCGUUAAAGCCAUGACCCUUAUUUCGGUAAAGGCAGAAAUGACUGAAAAAGAAAUGAAUAAACGUAAGCUCCUCAAAUUCACCCCCGAUGCUUUUUUCGAUUUAAUCCGCGCCUUGGACCGUCGCGGUGGAAUACAUUCUCAAAGCGUGAAUCGCUUGUUACAUGAUGGUGCCAGUGUUUCAUUAAGAACGAAGCAACUUAGAUGGAACUUACAAUCGAAGACUUUUGUCUGGAAAAAUAUGUUUUUAAGGGCGAAAUGGAUUGGUAGAGACGAUGUCGGUGCAAUCGAAUGUCCAAUAUUGUUAUUGACGGGGCAAGAUGACAAAAUUUGUUCCAAAAGUGAUAUGUUGACAGUUCACGAAUGGUGCAGAUCUCAAAAUACUCCUGCACCAGUGGUAAUUCCUCGCGCGGGACACAAUCCGAUCCUGGAGAACUAUCACCUGGUCAUGAGACAGAAUGAUGAUGAACACUGUCCUGAAAUAUUUAUCGCCAAACAUCCCGAAAUAGGAUUCGUCAUUGACAUCACCAAAGACCCUCCACCUUACGUCACUAGCGAUUUCGAAGAUUCGCAUAUUACAUACAUAAAACUUAGCACAGUCAGCAAGAUACCUCCUUCGCGCGAGGAAACGCGGCGGUUCAUACAAGCGGCGAAAGAUGCGUGGAACAAAAAACCGGAUAAACAAAUAGCCGUGCACUGUCAUUAUGGUUUCAAUCGCACCGGAUUCAUGAUUUGUUGCUUCAUGAUUGAAGAAUUGGGUGUGUCCGUGACCGAUGCUAUCAAAUACUUUGAGGAAGCAAGAAAACCCAAGGGAAUCAA